AUGGUGAUACUAGGAUACGGUAUAUUUUUAUUGGCGAUUGCAUUUACAAUCUAUCCAUUUUUCUUGAACAUCGAUUAUAAAUUUAGUUUUAAUUAUCAAAAUUUUGAAUCGGGAUUCAAUUUUCUGAUUAAUGAUUAUACCGAUCCAGUGGGUGACAAAAUAGGUAGACCGAGCUUGGCUCCCGAUAAGAACCAUUCUCGGUAUGGUGCGAAUGCCAUGGUUUCUAGUGAUGUCCCCAUCUGUUCUUCAAUGGGUAAAGAAAUUUUGAUCAAAGGAGGGAACUCUGCUGAUGCUGCUAUAACAGUGGCCUUAUGUAUAGGUAGUGUUAAUCUGCAUCUGUCUGGAAUUGGAGGAGGGGGGUAUAUUGUGAGUCUGCAAAAAAACGAUACCAUCAGUAUCGAUGCCAGAGAAAUGGCUCCAUCGAAAGCGUAUAAGAACAUGUUUGAUCAUUAUCCUUUGUUGGCCCAGUUUGGUGGAUUGGCCAAUGCAGUUCCUGGAGAAUUAAAAGGACUAAAUGAUUUAUAUAACCUUCAUGGAAGUGGAAUCUUGAGCUGGAAACAAUUGAUUGAUCCAGUAAUUGAAUUGAAUGUGAAAGGUUGGGAAGCAAGUGAAAUUUGGAUUAGAAGUUUGAAUAAAAUGACUUCUCUUGUAUUUCCAAUUGCAUCGGUAUUAGAAGAAAAUUGGGAUUUCAUCUAUAAUGAUCCAAUCAAGCAUCGGGACUUGGUAGAAACUGGCGAUAUUAUCAAAAGACCCAAUUUAGCUUCAACUUUGAGACUAAUUGCUGAGAAUGGGUCAAGUGAUAUUUUCUAUGAUCCAAACGGUCCAAUUGUUAAAUCGCUAGUUGAAACUUCUCAAAAAUUAGGUGGUAUUCUUACUAAAGAUGAUUUUGCAGCAUAUAAAACUAAUAUUACAUCUGCUUUAAAGUACAACUUUGAAUUAUCAAAUCAAAACUUGACCAUAUAUACAAGCCUGGGGACUAGCUCGGGGUUAUCAUUGAUUAGUGGAAUCAAUUAUUAUUCGAAUUUACAAAAAAAAUUUCCAAUUGAUCAAGUCCAUCGCAUAAUCGAAUCAAUGAAAUGGAUUUCAUCAACUCGAACUUACUUGGGUGAUUUGAACAGCACCUACUUUAAUAAAUUAGUUGAAAAAUUCAGUGGAGAAGAAUGGUCAACUAAUUUACUAGAAAAUAAUAAAUAUAGUGAUUUUCAAACAUUUCCUUGGAAACAUUAUGAACCAGAGUUUGAACUGAAUAAACCCCAUGGCACCUCACAUUUUUCUAUUGUCGAUUCGGAAGGUGGUGCAGUAUCCAUGACCACUACUGUUAAUUUAUUAUUUGGUAGUAUGGUUUAUGAUAAUAACACGGGAAUCAUCUUAAAUGAUGAAAUGGACGACUUCUCAUUACCUUUCACUAGAAAUGCAUUCAAUUUAACCCCUUCCAUCCAUAACUACAUCCAUCCUUACAAAAGACCAUUAUCCUCCAUGACUCCCCUGAUCAUUAAGGACUCUCAAAAUCAAAUCAAAUUGAUCAUUGGAGCCGCAGGAGGAUCAAGGAUUUCGACCGCAGUAUUCCAGGGUAUUAUCCGUUUUUUCUACAAUAACGAGUCCUUGCUAAACACUAUAAGCUAUCCUCGCUUGCACCACCAGCUCAUUCCUGAAUACGCCAUGGUGGAAGACUUUGACAUUUUCGAAGACUCUAUUCCUCACCAAAACGCUUCAGUAAUCGAUACCAUGACUAAAGCGUUGGGUCACGGGUUUGCCCAACUGGGUGCAUUAACGGUAAUGAAUGCAAUUAGCAAGAGUAGUGAGAGCUUUGGCUGGAAUGGAGUUAGCGAUUACUGGCGCAAACGAGGUGCUGCUGAUGGCUAUUAA